CUCGAUCUACGCUCUUUUUUGUCCAGCCUCGAUAUUCUUUAGAAAUUUUUUUGAGCUUGAAUAUUUUCUUAAAUUGAUUUUUUUUUGCAAAUCUGAUAUGGAUUCAGGAGAAUUAAGCUGGAGAAUUAAACAACAAAUAUCAGUCAUGCGAUUUUUUGUUAUGAGCAUGGUAAAACAGGCAUCUUCUGACAAAUGACACACAAAUAUGCGAGUUGAGACUGAAUACUUAUACUUAUAAAAAAGAGUAUAUUUGUGAUCAUGGCUCCCUUCUGUUUCGAGCAAAGGCAACGUUUCUUCCCAAAAAGAUCUAUGGUAUUUUUUAUUUUUUUAGACACAGUCAAAGUAAAUUUUACGAGAGCAAGAUUACAAAGACAAUGUCAAUGGGAGCAUGGUAGGCAUGGCUACCCAUUGACCCUAACAAAAAACAAUACAAUAGCACCAAAGGCUAUACCAAAAUCCUCUCUAUGGUGUUCAUCCCUACCCAGAAUAGAAUGACCAGUGGCGAAGCCAAAGGUCUUGCUGGUCCUGCUGAGCAGGAUCAAGAAUUUCCAAAGAUAAGAUUUACUGUAAACAAUAAACAAUUUCUUCUUUGCAAAAAGGAAGUUUCAAAUUCUUUUUGAUAAACAGUCCCCAGUUCCGCCAGCUGAUACAGGCAUCCCGUGCUAAUCUCAAGGUCCUGUUCUCUUCUACGGCAGCCCUGUAUUUUGGUCCUGCUCAUAACUAUGAUACCCUAUGUUUGGUCCUGCUUCACAAUGGGCUUUUGUGAAUUUAGUCCUGCUUCACAAUAGUCUAGAACAAAGAGCAGUCCUGCUCAAUCUCGGGAGCAGGACCUCGUCGAAAUGACCAUCAUAACAUUUCGUAAGCAGUUGUGAUUUGAUUGGUCGAGGGUUCACCUACGUAGGUCAAAGAGCAUUGUUUUGAAAACCUUUGGUCCUGCUAUUUCUGAGAGCAGGACUGCAAGAAUUGCCCUGUGCAUUCUCGUUUUGCUAUGAGAUACUAGCAAGGAGGCCAGUUCAAGAAUUAUGGCGAGGCGAUGUGAAUGCAGAUUUUCUGCUUGCUUUGGCAAUACCAAUGAUAUUAUUAUUGACAGCAAAACUUGCCUCAGUUGAGCUGCAUAAAUUUUAUUUGUAACAAGACAGAGUCCAAAGUUCACAAGAAAGAAAUGCAAUCAACAAGAAUUGGCUGUAUGAGGCACUCUGAUUUCGGCCUUUGUACGAUCGUUUGAGGCACGGUAUAUCAUGGUGGCCUAAAUAAAAUUUUCUUAGACUUGGACAAGGACGAUGAAAGCAUAAUUGAAUUUACUGUUGUGUGAUUGAAAGUUUUGAGUUGGAGAAUAAACCAAUUUCAGCGGAAUUUGCAUUUUUCUACCUGAAUUGUUUUCUCGUCUAAUGGUUUAUCUAAUAAAGUUGUUUUCAUUGAUAAUGCGACACAUUAUUCGAUUGUACCUCUCUUUAUCAGCUGCAGAAUAAUUGUUCUGCAGAAUAUGUGAACUUGCCCCUACAGACUUUAAACUCUGUUGUUUAUUAAAAUUAUUUUAAUAGAGUAUCUAGAUUGGUCAGGUUUAUAAGACCAAAAUCUGGAAUACCACAAAUAUAUGAUAUGCAACUUCAAAUGCCACCCCUACCCCCUUUUAUCGUCAAAUUUAGUUAUCACCAAUUUGAACUUUUACUUCAGCUGUAGAGGCUUACUACAAUUUAACAUAGAUUUGUUUGAAAAGUAAGCACCCUAAAGCACGUCUUUAAGUAUGGAUUUAUUUUUCAAAAGAUAGACAUCGAUUUAAAAUUUGCUUUUUACUGAAUUUAAGAAAAAAUUCAUCUGCAAAAUAGAAUUUUUGUCCAUAGGCUUUUCCAAUUGAAUAAGGGCGUGGCCCUGUCCAUAUAGCAGGACCAACAAUUUUUGGCUAGCUUCGCCACUGAGAAUGACCUACCCUUCUCCAAGCUCUUGUAUCAAGUGCUCCUACUCUUAGGCCUCCUAUAUGAUCCCUAAAACACCUGAAAAUCUAACAUACUUGAAAUACUUAGCACAAUGAAGGGAAAUCACUGAUUUAGCUUGAGAGUCCGCUAAGCAUCGGAGAAAUCAGUCAAAACUCAGCUAGUUCAAGAGUCCGCUAAGCAUCGGAAGAUUGUCUUUUCUGCUACUGUUUGUAAGUUGCACAUCUUUAGAGUGCUUAAUAACUUUGUUUUUUCGUCUAAGCACGUUUUUCAGAGGAAUAAUUGAACAUGAAUGGAUUUAAGCGGCAAGGAUUGGGGGGGGGGGGGUAAGUUUAAUAAUGAUUGGAUUUGUGCCACUCCCUUCAUGUGAAUAGAAGAUGAUUGAAGUGUUAAAUGGAAAUUUGAAUCGAGAGAUAUACUGCGAAGACUGAGACUUUGAAGAAUGACGAGUUCUUGCGAGCGGCUAUACUUUUCUUUCCAUUUCCAUCAUAUAACAUUUCCAAGGCUAAACUUGAACAGCUAACAUGAACGACACGGUCCUCCGCGAACUCUAACACUCAAAACAAUCCAACGAAGUAUAAAACGAGGCACAGCGCAGUAUUUCUCAAGCACUGCCUGUCCUAAAUCCAAACUGGGCCGCAAGAACUUUCGCAAGCCUCUUGGGCGAGACGGUUAGCUACCUACUGGUGUUUAGCCUUAAGCUCAAUCUCCAGUGAGAAAAGGUUUUGCCAAAUUUUGCUGCGAAAUACUUCACGCGAACAAAUUCCUUUGAAUGCUUUUGUUGACCUCACGACAAUGUAAAGUUUGGAAGCGCGACAAAGGGAUAUGGACUAUGAUUGGCUGCUGAAGGAUUACGCAAGCGAAAAGCAGAGAAAUUCUUCGCGAGAAAUCCCAGCAAAAGAUCACACGCAUGCCCAAUACAUAUUUCGCGCGAACUUUUUCGCAUUUCGCUGAUUUUUUUCUCACUGGAGAUUGGGCUUUACAUGUCUGAUGCCUUCUACAGCUCUCUUCGAAUCUCUCGAAUCUCACGAACUACGUAUAUUUGUAUGUACAAGGAAAUUACCAGAAAAGCAUAACUAAGCAUAAAAUGUUACUAAUAAUAGACUACGAGAUAAUUCUAGAAACAGACGAAUACGCAAAAUGAUGUUAUCCUAAUGAGGGGUAAUCCUACACAAAAGAAUGGAAUGCAGUGUAAUGCUGCGUGGUGCUGUGUCGCGACGACAGAACAUUCGAGACACAACGGGGAGUUUCCUAAGAAUUACGUAUAUACAAAAUAACUACGUAUACAAAACAUAACAAUCCUAAUGCUGGGGCUGGCACUAUUUUAGCUCUAUUACAGAAGCACCAAUUUCAGGAAUUCAGCUUUUAACUCUAAGGUAAAAAAUGUGAAUGAAGUAUUUUGCUACUACUGUCAACCAAAAAUGCUUUUUGCCGAAUCAAUGCGAAAUUUACCAAGGACACGAAAAUAAUGGGAAGGGGGGUUGUCGCAACCCCUACACCCCCAGAUAAACAGGAUUCCAAGUAAAUUUUGUCGGCAAGUUUUACUUCACAUCGAAUAUUCUAGCAAUGUUUUGAACAUUUUUGCAUUUCUGUUGUAAAUUGUUCGCACAGUCUUCUUUGUGAAUGGCAAAUCGACUCUUAUUGUUCUGUUCUCGUUUUUUCUUCUUUCAUAAUGAGGAAACAGUUGUAAAGAUUUGAAGUUUCUUUCUCAAUCUUUCCCAAAUUACGAUUUGUUGCUAAAGAAUAUUUUUGUGCUCAGAGAAAGAGGCUCGGCCAAAAUUUAGAAAGAGGCUCGGUCAAAAUUUACCCCAUUCUAUUGGACUGACGACUUUCCGGUAAUCUAUUUUUCAAAAUUUUCUUUUACUGAAGCUUGUCUCUGGUGUCUGAAGCAGUGUGUGAAUUAAUGUGCCCUAGGCGUCGUAACUUGUUAUAACCCAGAUUAAGAUCACCUGCGUAAAGAAAGGGAAAGGUGGCACAAUUUGGAGGUACAUAUGCCCCUCUCUUUUUACCAGGAUCCCUUUUCUAAUUUUUCCAACCUGUUUUUAGAGUUUUCAUAGAAUGAGCAUGUUUCAGUUACAUUUACUAUCGGUAAAUAUCGUGAGAUCUAGUAUAUUUUGUCAUAAUUGUGCAGUAUUUUUGGCAUACUUUUUCGGGACAGGGUAUGCUUUGGCCAUUUUUUAUGUGGAAGGGUUAGGGUACAAAAUAGAUAUUCCGCGCACCCCCGUCACUUUCCGAGUCAAGUGCCCCUUCCCCCCGGACUCCUGAGAAAGAACUUUCAUGCUCAUGGUGACGAUGACGUGUCAUUUCCCGCUCUCAAGAAUAAAACAAACUACACUCUUUUUUAUAAGAACCAGUAAAUUAAAGUUUAGGCUGACUGUUCUUUUUUUUCGAAGAGGCUUGAUUGUUCUUAAUUUGUUCUUAAAUUAAUAGGGUGUAAGCAGAGCGAUUGUUAGCUUUUUCGCUGUAGGGGAGAGGGGGGAUGUUUAGGACUCAUUUGGCCAACAAAGUGAGUGAAACAAUCUUCAUUUUCCGACAAGUUUGAAUAUUCACCCUUAACCCGGAUUUCGUAUCAAGUUGUCAGUGAUUUUCUCGUACUUUGUUACUCCUUAAAUUUAUACAAACCGGCAUAUAAACAAGUUGCUUCCUUUCCUUCGAUUCAAAACAAGCAAGAUUAUCUAUUCAGUUAAAUAAAAAAUGAACCUCGUAACACUGAAGUACAAUUUUUUCAAGUUGCACUUCAUAAGAACACGAUCCUCAAACUUGGUCAAAAAUUAAGAAUAAAUUAGGAUUGAGGUACUGUGGAAUUUGAUUGUGAGAAAUUCCGCUAAGGAUUUUUCUUUUAUAAUAGUGUACUGAAUGUAAAGCAAUACAAUGGGCAGCACCCCUCCCCCACAAUGUAAAUUUCGUUCCGUCGUCAUUUUAGACAGUGUUAAAUUGUGAAAUGACAAUCGUGAUAAAGCUAACAUGAAAAUUGCGAUAAAGCUUCGACAACUGGUAGAUAAUUUUUAUACCCCCCCCCCCCUCUCUAUCUCUCUCUCUCUUGUAUAAGCCCCUCUCCCUUGAAUAAACCUCAAUCUAAAAAGUGCCCAAGUUAAUAAACCCCCAAGAGGGCUUAUUCGAGAAUUUACGGUAUGCAUUUCUCUCUGUUUCCAAGUAUUAAGGAAAAAUAUCCGGAAGUACGAUUACGUCACCGGGUGUUGCGUAACCAAGCAAGCUGUGGGGUGUGGAUCUGCGUCAUAUCAUUUGGAAAUGCUGAACAAGGAAGUUGGCUUGUCAUUUGUGAACCAGUACUCCCGCGGAACAGACAUAUUUUUUCUUUGGAUAUAGAAAGGCUUCUUCGAUGGCAAUCAUUUCAACUUGUUGUAUCCUAUUCUUCUUAUGUUUCGCAAGGUUUCUUGCUUCAGAACCUUGCGAAAGACUCUACUUCGAUCACGGACACUCGAGCCAGAUGCCUUAUGUCCAACUAGCAGGUAUCUAUCGCAAAAUUAAUGAAAGUAAUGGACACCCGAUGUUUAAACACGAACAAAGGAAUUACAUUUUUGAAUACAUCAACGCAAAAGGGGAAAAUUCGAUGGCUUUUACAUACUUAAAUCCGUCAACCUUGCAGAGAAGUUUCAUGGGCUUGAACGUGAAGAUGACAAGUGAAUUUCCUGGGAAAUCAUGGCAAAGCUUGAUAAGUAACGGUAACACGGUGCAGCCAUACCAAAAGUUUAUCAGCUAUUGGAGUUAUUAUGACUGGCAGUCUGAAUCGUAUCAUUACCUUUAUCGCCGUGACGCGAUGAAGCUGGUUUGUGUUCCAAAUGAUGUGUUCCGCUGUUCAUCAGGUCGGGUUUAUUUCAAUACAACAUUCACCAGUCUGGAUGACGGCGGGGUUUUGCACAAUCACCUGACAGACUAUUUCGAGGAAAAGUUAGGGGUCUACAACAGCUACAAGAGCGACCGAAAAAUAUACAGACACAGUAGGAAGACAAAAUGGAUACUUUAUUAUCAAAGUCCAUAUUGGAUGGUUAAGCAUGAAGGCUAUACUCCUUUUUUGAGAGCCAGAGACAGCGCCUUUCGUCCUGAAUACGUCACAUCUGCUUGGGAAACAGUUCGAGGCUCUUCUUGGGAGAAAUUUACCAACCCUGUUGGCAUUCGUUGUAGAGGGCUUCCGCAAAGAGUCAUUAAUGGCACUGUCCCCUCAUGCUCUGAAUGGAACCCAUGUUUGAAUGGAGGCGUCUGCAUAAAAAGCAAUCUUACAAAUGAAACUGUCUGCAUUUGUGGCGAAGCCUACCGCGGGCCUACCUGUAGCGAAGUGUCACCGCGAUGUCAGAAAUACUUUUAUCCAUCUACAGUUCGACAGGUUGUUAUUUACGGUCUCGAAGAAUCGAACUUUGCUACAGUUUUUUGCAAAAAGUCCUACCAACCGUCGUUCUUUAUAUCACAGUGCCAACAAGAAAGCGUUUCCUCUAAGUGGACAAGCCCACAGCAGUGUAGAUAUGUGCCACCAACAACAAAAACAAAAACAACAAAAGUACCAGUUACAGUACGAACCCCGCGAAAAACAAAAGCGCCGCUUACAGUGCGAACCUUCCCAUGGUGGCGUCGGCCCAAGCAGCAAAAAAAGCCUUUUAACUUUGAUGACUAUUAUUGGACUAAACCCGUGCUUUUGGCGAUUGUUCCCCUACUGCAAGUUGCCAUACCUUCAAUUCAUAUGAUCCUUGGUAUCAUGAAAGACAAAAGCGCCCUCCGCAUCAUUUCUCUCCAUGCCUUUGUCACAUACAUUGUGUGGUUAAUUUAUCUUUUUGGAUGCAAUGCUUAUCAGUGUCAUCAGUAUGGGGAAGUUAUGGAAGAUUUCACAAUUAUGGGAAUCGUAAUGGUGAUAUUAAGUUACUUCUAUAUGCUGAUCGAGGCUUGCUGCAGUCCCGAAAAUGAGUACAUUGCAAGCAUCUCUGCAGAUGUUUCUGUUGUUGACUACGUGAACAAAUUAAGAAGUACUGAUCCUGUAAGAAUAAUGAUGAUAGAAUGUUACCACAUGGAGACAAGAACCCGGACAGUUUAUUACACUGACGCACAAGGAAACACUCAGACACGGCUUGAAACUUAUCAAGAGAUGGUUACUACCUAUACUGAGAAUAAGGUUUUCCCUAUCGGCCGGUCUGUUGAUGUUUCUAAUCCGGAGGGCCUGCGGUUUGACUUGCACAGCGUUACGCGUCUAAAGCUCGAUCAAAACGUUAAAUGCGGUGACCUCGAAACUACAACGAAAUUCAGCGAAAUGCGAGAUCAAAUGAUUAAAGAAAAUGAGCAUAGGGAUGACAAAAUUUGCUUUACUUGCGAGGAUAUCAUUGAUGGGUUCAAGAAAAGGUUAUGCGCCUAUACCGAUACAAAACACCGGUCUUUCUGGAUGAAUCUAGUUACCUUUUGGUUUGCCAACUUUCUUGGAUUGACUUGGGUGUACAGAGCAUUGUUCAAUUGGAAAACGAAAAAACUUGAAUACACGAUACAGAAAGAAAUUUUCCUUGGGACCGAGGCUGUGGUUGGUGAACAAGAUGGACCGCAGAUUGUAUACCACCCAGAUGGCUUUGAUCGCAUAAAUCUCAUAAAUGGUAAUGAUGCUGAUAGCAUGGCUGGAUUGCUCCUGCCAACACAGCAACCAAGCGCCAAUCAAGCAACAGAGCAGAUUUCAAUAGAGGUGCCCGGCAUACCCAGUGUGCCACCCCCAGCUUACAAUGAAAUUUCUGGUACGGAAAACAGAACAUUUCAGAACAGUUCGUUUUGAUGUUCUCGUUAUCUGUCACACAGUCUGUUCUCAAUUUUUAUUCCAUCCGAGAAGGACCUUGUUCCAUCGUCUCAACUCAAAGUUACUCAUGUUUUAAUGGACCUUACGGAUUCUUGAGUAAUUAAAGAUUUGUAACUUUAGUUAUAAAAUUUUAAAAUCAGAAAUUGACAGUAUGGAUUGCUACUUGAACUCUGAUUUUUCAGAGUUUAACCUGACUUUGCUUUAUUUUAUACGACAUGCUUUCUAGGUUUAUCCUAGAAUCCCCUUUUCUAAGAUUGCUUCGGGAAUUAAAGCACCCGUUUUUACUGAUCCUUCGUGUAAUUCUGAAUUAAACAUGUAUUAAUUAAAAAUAAAUCGUGUAUCACUAUUCUAAUUUGGAAAUUUCAAUAACCAUUUUAUGAUAAGAUCUUUUUUCACUCAAAGAUGUAAGCUAACCGUGUUCGUUUAGACAAAUUAUCACAUGGAUCUCACCUUAUGUCACAAAUUUUUAGUCCAAUUUAAGAUGAUCGAGUUGUGGAAAGAUCGAGUUUCUUCUGUUUUGAUUUUGCAGUGCAAUUGUAUUUUUAACUGUCUAGAAGUCUUUAGUGUGUUUGAAUUCAUUUAGUUGUUUUAAGGUGAAGCAAAACUUUACUCAGAGUGAUGUUGCAUAAAUGUACGUAUAUAGAUGGCAAAGCUGUAAUAACAUUAAUUUAUAAGGGUGGGGUGGGAGUUAUGGCAGUGUGAAUAUAAACAUUGGCCUCCGCUUUAAAUCCUAGUUUAAAAGAAUAUUUGAUAAUAUUGCAAUUUAACUUAUUCAAUUUUUUUAUAACAUAAUUUAUUUUGAUAUGUAUGUCAUAAUUGAAUAUGAAAA